GGCCUGCGCUGUGAUUCGGCCCAGUCAGAUUCCUCUGGAGCUGAAGCGGGCAGGGGGCAGAGGGGGCUAUAUUUAGAGCGGGACAGGAUUAAAUUGCAGGGUCUUCACACUGGGAACCUUUUCUGUGCUCUGCCUUUUCCAGCCAGGACCGACUGCCAAAAGGACCUGUGGCCGUCAUCUCCUUCCUCUCUCCACAGACCCCCUUGUUCCCCUGCCGUCGACACACCAUGGACCCCAACGCCAUCAAGGAGGAGCUGCGCUUGUUUCAGAGCACCCUGCUCCAGGAUGGGCUGAAGGAGCUGCUGAAUGAGAACAAGUUUGUGGACUGCGCCCUGAAGGUAGGCGACCGCAGCUUCCCCUGCCAUCGUCUGAUCAUAGCCGCCUGCAGCCCGUACUUCAGGGAGAUCUUCUUCACAGAGGACGGCAAGGAAGUGGAGAACACCAAGGAGGUGGUCCUGGAGGACGUCGACCCUUCCAUCCUGGACAUGAUCAUCCAGUACCUCUAUUCAGCCGAGAUCGACCUCAACGAUGACAAUGUGCAGGAUAUAAUUGUUGUGGCAAACAGAUUCCAGAUCCCCUCCGUCUUCACCGUGUGCGUUAACUACCUUCAGAAGAAGAUGUCCGUGGGCAACUGCAUGGCCAUCUUCAGGAUGGGCUUGGUGCUCAACUGUCCCAGGCUUGCCGUGGCUGCACGCAACUACGUUGCAGACCGCUUCGACGUCCUCUACAAGGAUGAGGAGUUCCUGAGGCUCGCGGCCCAUGAACUGUUCGCCAUCAUCGGAGGAGACUCGCUGAAUGUGGAAAGGGAGGAGCUGGUGUUCGAGGCGGUCAUGGCUUGGGUCCGCCACGACAGGGAGAAGCGCAUCACGCUGCUGAAGGACGCCUUCAACUGCAUUCGCUUCCGUCUGCUGCCAGAGAAGUACUUCAAGGACAAAGUGGAGACCGAUGAGAUCAUCAAGGCUGACCCGGAGCUCCAGAAGACAAUCCAGGUCAUCAGGGACGCCUUCAAGGGGAAGCUUCCGGAGAAACCCAAGACCAAGGAGGGGGAGGAGGGGGCCGACCCGGAGGGCGGUGAGGAGGGCGACAGCCUGUUCCCCGGGUUCCUGAAUGACAACCGCAGACACGGCAUGUACAUGCGCGACUUCAUCCUGAUGAUCAACGACACGGCGGCAGUGGCGUAUGACGUCAACGAGAACGAGUGCUUCCUGGCGGCCAUGUCGGACCAGGUGCCGCGCAACCACGUGAGCCUGGCGUCGCAGAGGAACAGGCUCUACGUCAUCGGCGGACUGUUUGUGGAUGAGGAAAACAAGGACAUGCCUCUGCAAUGUUACGUCUAUCUGUUGGAUCCACUCUCUUCUGAAUGGGUUGCCCUGCCACCGAUGCCUUCCCCGCGGUGCCUCUUCAACAUCGGAGAGAGCGAGGACCUGCUGUUCGCCGUGGCCGGAAAAGACCUCCAGACCAACGAGUCGCUGGAUUCUGUCAUGUGCUACGAUGUCGAGAAGAUGAGGUGGAGUGAGACCAAGAAGCUUCCUCUGAAGAUUCACGGCCACGCUGUCAUCUCCCACAAAGGACUGGUCUACUGCAUCGGAGGAAAGACCGACGACAACAAAGCGCUCAACAAGAUGUUUGCGUACAACCACAAGCAGUCGGAGUGGAGGGAGCUGGCGGCCAUGGCGACCCCCAGAGCCAUGUUCGGAGCGGUGGUCCACAACGGCAAGAUCGUGGUGGCCGGGGGAGUCAACGAGGAAGGCCUCAGUGCUUCAUGCGAGGCCUACGACUUCACAGCGAACAAGUGGGAGCCCUUCACGGAGUUUCCCCAGGAAAGGAGCUCCGUCAACCUGGUGAGCAGCAGCGGCUCUCUGUUCGCCGUGGGCGGCUUCGCCAUGGUCCAAACGGAGAGCAAGGAGGUGGCUCCCACGGAGGUCACCGACGUCUGGCAGUACGAGGAGGAUAAGAAGCAGUGGGGAGGCAUGCUGAGGGAGAUGCGUUACGCCGCCGGCUCCUCCUGCGUCUCCAUGCGCCUCAACGCCGCCCGGAUGCCCAAGCUGUAAACAGAACCGCUUCAACCCUGAUGAAAACCAACCUAAUCUUUAACAUUUACUUUCCUCUGAACUCCGACAGUUUCCCUCUGCACGACAAACCCUUCGGAGACUGCACCGUCCCCACAGCUUAUUAAGUUUAAAAAGGAGCCACAGUGUAGAUGGACUCUGUUUACAUCAUUUCUAGCUCUUCUUUUUGUAAAAUAAACAUUCGUAAACUUCG